GCACAUUCUUUCAAGAGACAGCUACAGCCAGUCCCAGGGGCUGCUGUCCAGGGCUUGGGGCUGAGGACCCCCAGGCCAUUAACCCCUUAUGUUUUAGGAAGAUUACUCCCCCCUUUCCAAGGCCCCCUCCACCUCCCUCCCUUGACUCCCAGGACAGGAAGUUGGCCAUGUUCCCAGGAGGGAGGCAGGAGGCCCAUGGAGGGGGUGGAGUAUGUGUUGGGAGGGGUCCCUCUGUCCGGUCCUCAGGCCCUGGGACAGCAGCUGAGGAAGGAGUGCAGAACUAGGAGAGCCAUGAAGCCUAGGAAAGCUGAGCCACAUAGCUUCCGGGAGAAGGUUUUCCGGAAGAAAUCUCCAGUCUGUGCAGUGUGUAAGGUGACCAUCGAUGGGACAGGUGUCUCGUGCAGAGUCUGCAAGGUGGCGACACACAGAAAAUGUGAACCAAAGGUGACUUCACCCUGUCAGGCCUUGCCUCCGGCUGAGCUGCGGCGAAACACCGCCCCAGUCAGGCGCAUAGAGCACCUGGGAUCCACCAAAUCUCUGAACCACUCAAAGCAGCGCAGCUCUCUGCCCAGGAGCUUCAGCCUGGACCCGCUCAUGGAGCGGCGCUGGGACUUGGACCUCACCUACGUGACUGAGCGCAUCCUGGCCGCCGCCUUCCCCGCGCGGCCCGACGAACAGCGACACCGGGGCCACCUGCGCGAGCUGGCCCACGUGCUGCAAUCCAAACACCGUGACAAGUACCUGCUCUUCAACCUUUCCGAGAAAAGGCAUGACCUAACCCGCCUAAACCCCAAGGUCCAGGACUUUGGCUGGCCUGAGCUGCAUGCCCCACCCCUAGACAAGCUGUGCUCCAUCUGCAAAGCCAUGGAGACCUGGCUCAGUGCUGACCCGCAGCACGUGGUCGUACUGUACUGCAAGGGAAGCAAGGGCAAGCUCGGGGUCAUCGUUUCUGCCUACAUGCACUACAGCAAGAUCUCUGCAGGGGCGGACCAAGCACUGGCUACUCUUACCAUGCGGAAAUUCUGCGAGGACAAAGUGGCCACAGAACUGCAGCCCUCCCAGCGCCGAUACAUCAGCUAUUUCAGUGGGCUGCUCUCCGGCUCCAUCAGAAUGAACAGCAGCCCUCUCUUCCUGCACUACGUGCUCGUGCCUGUGCUGCCAGCCUUCGAACCCGGCACAGGCUUCCAGCCCUUCCUCAAAAUCUAUCAGUCCAUGCAGCUUGUCUACACAUCUGGAGUCUACCACAUUGCAGGCCCUGGCCCCCCGCAGCUCUGCAUCAGCCUGGAGCCUGCACUCCUCCUCAAAGGCGACGUCAUGGUCACGUGCUAUCACAAGGGUGGCCGUGGCACAGACCGGACCCUCGUGUUCCGAGCCCAGUUCCACACGUGCACCAUCCAUGGAUCACGGCUCGCCUUCCCCAAGGACCAGCUGGAUGAGGCCUGGACUGAUGAGAGGUUCCCCUUCCAAGCCUCGGUGGAGUUUGUCUUCUCCUCUAGCCCUGAGAAGGUCAAAGGUAACACUCCACGGAAUGACCCUUCGGUCUCUGUUGACUACAACACCGCAGAGCCUGCCGUGCGCUGGGACUCCUACGAGAACUUCAACCAGCACCACGAGGACAGUGUGGAUGGCUCCCUGACCCACACCCGGGGCCCCCUGGACGGCAGCCCCUAUGCCCAGGUGCAGCGGGCCCCCCGCCAGACCCCACCGGCGCCCUCUCCGGAGCCACCCCCACCCCCCAUGCUCUCUGUCAGCAGCGACUCCGGCCACUCAUCCACACUGACCACAGAGCCCGCUGCUGAGUCCCCUGGCCGGCCACCCCCUACGGCUGCUGAACGCCAGGAGCUGGAUCGCCUCCUGGGAGGCUGUGGCGUGGCCAGUGGGGGCCGGGGGGCUGGGCGCGAGACGGCCAUCUUAGACGAUGAAGAGCAGCCCCCCAUGGGCGGAGGCCCCCACCUGGGAGUGUACUCAGGCCAUAGGCCUGGCCUUAGCCGCCACUGCUCCUGCCGCCAGGGCUACCGGGAGCCUUGCGGGGUCCCCAACGGGGGCUACUACCGGCCAGAAGGAACCCUGGAAAGGCGACGGCUGGCCUAUGGGGGCUAUGAAGGCCCCCCCCAGGGCUAUGCUGAGGCCUCCACGGAGAAGAGGCGCCUCUGCAGAUCGCUGUCCGAGGGGCCGUAUCCCUACGCCCCCGAGCCAAUGGGGAAACCAGCCAACGGGGACUUCAGCUACCGCUCUCCAGGCUACCGGGAGGUGGUCAUCCUGGAGGACCCCACGCUGCCUGCCUUAUGCUCAUGCCCAGCCUGUGAGGAGAAGCUGGCGCUGCCCACGGCAGCCCUGUAUGGACUGCGGCUGGAGAGGGAAGCUGGCGAGGGGUGGGCGAGCGAGGCGGGCAAGCCUCUCCUGCACCCGGUGCGGCCCGGGCACCCGCUGCCGCUGCUAGUGCCUGCCUAUGGGCAUCACCAUGCCCCGAUGGCUGAGUAUAGUUGCCUGAAGCCACCCAAGGCAGGCGAGGAAGGGCACGAGGGCUGCUCCUACACCAUGUGCCCCGAGGGCAGGUAUGGGCAUCCAGGCUACCCUGCCCUGGUGACAUAUGGCUGUGGAGGAGCCGUUCCCAGCUACUGCCCAGCAUAUGGCCGGGUGCCUCACAGCUGUGGCUCUCCAGGUGAGGGCAGAGGGUAUCCCAGCCCUGGUGCCCACUCCCCACGGGCUGGCUCCAUUUCCCCGGGCAGCCCACCCUACCCGCAGUCCAGGAAGCUGAGCUACGAGAUCCCUGCGGAGGAGGGAGGGAGCAGGUACCCGCUGCCUGGGCACCUGGCCUCAGCAGGACCCUUGGCCUCUGCAGAGUCACCUGAGCCAGUGUCCUGGAGGGAGGGCCCCAGUGGGCACAGCACGCUGCCUCGGUCUCCACGAGAAGCCCAAUGUGGGGCCUCUUCAGAGUUGUCUGGUCCCUCCACACCCCUGCACACCAGCAGCCCGGUCCAGGGCAAGGAAAGCACCAGACGGCAGGACACCAGGUCCCCCACCUUGGCGACCACUCAGAGGCUGGGUCCUGGCGAGGCCUUGCCCCCUGCUUCCCAGGGAGGCCCUGGAAAGGCUCCUGAGCUGCCAGAGAGAAGUGUGCCUGAGCCUCCAGCUUCCGGCCCCUGCUCCCCGACCUCCCCUCCCAGCUCGCCCAGUGACUGGCCUCAGGAAAGGAGCCCAGGGGGCCGCUCAGACAGUGCCAGUCCCCAGGGCCCUGUGCCUACCACGCUGCCUGGUCUCCGCCACGCCCCCUGGCAGGGCCCUCGAGGCCCCCCAGACAGCCCGGAUGGGUCCCCCCUCACGCCUGUGCCUACGCAGGUGCCCUGGCUUGUGGCCAGCCCAGAGCCACCUCAGAGCUCACCCACACCUGCCUUCCCCCUGGCUGCAGCCUAUGACACCAAUGGCCCCACCCAGCCCCCACUUCCCGAGAAACGCCACCUGCCGGGGCCUGGGCAACAGCCAGGACCCUGGGGCCCAGAGCAGGCAUCACCACCAGCCAGAGGCACCAGUCACCAUGUCACCUUUGCACCUCUGCUCCCGGAUAAUGCCCCCCAACCCCCAGAGCCUCCCAUGCAAGAGAGCCAAAGCAAUGUCAAGUUUGUCCAAGAUACAUCCAAGUUCUGGUACAAGCCACACCUGUCGCGUGACCAAGCCAUCGCCCUGCUGAAGGACAAGGACCCUGGGGCCUUCCUGAUCAGGGACAGUCAUUCAUUCCAAGGAGCUUAUGGGCUGGCCCUCAAGGUGGCCACGCCUCCACCCAGCGCCCAGCCCUGGAAAGGAGACCCCUUGGAACAGCUGGUCCGCCACUUCCUCAUUGAGACUGGGCCCAAAGGGGUGAAGAUCAAGGGCUGUCCCAGUGAGCCUUACUUUGGCAGCCUGUCCGCCCUGGUCUCCCAGCACUCCAUCUCCCCCAUCUCCCUGCCCUGCUGCCUGCGCAUUCCCAGUAAAGAUCCUCUGGAAGAGACCCCAGAGGCUCCAGCGCCCACCAACAUGAGCACAGCAGCAGACCUCCUGCGUCAGGGUGCUGCCUGCAGUGUGCUCUACCUGACCUCACUGGAGACAGAGUCACUUACGGGCCCCCAAGCUGUGGCCCGGGCCAGCUCUGCGGCUCUGAGCUGUAGUCCCCGCCCGACACCAGCUAUUGUCCACUUCAAGGUCUCAGCCCAGGGCAUUACACUGACAGACAACCAAAGGAAGCUCUUCUUUCGCCGCCAUUAUCCAGUGAACAGCAUCACCUUCUCCAGCACUGACCCUCAGGACCGGAGAUGGACCAACCCAGACGGGACCACCUCCAAGAUCUUUGGUUUCGUGGCCAAGAAGCCGGGAAGCCCCUGGGAGAAUGUGUGUCACCUCUUUGCAGAGCUUGACCCAGAUCAGCCUGCAGGCGCCAUUGUCACCUUCAUCACCAAAGUUCUACUGGGCCAGAGAAAAUGAAGGAAGGUCACAGCUAGGAGCCCACGUCAACACUGCGCCCCUCCCAGCACCCCACAGCCCUCACUUCCCCUGGCCUGGACCCAGGAGACCCGGGAGCCAGCACCCUCCCUGAAGAAUGGGGAGUGGCCUGGGAUGUUAGCAUCGGCCUGGGAUGUUGCUCUCCUUCCCUGCCCCCAGCCUGCUAAGCUAAGUGGACAGGCCCAAGAGAUGACCUUGCAUGUGAGCAGAUGGCAGAGAUGGGCAUGUGAGGGGUGAGGCAGCAUCAGCAGUUGAGCCCCGAAGGGGGUCAGGACAGCCCAACCUGCAGCAGAUAUCAGCCCUCCAGGGGAGUCAGGCCCUGCCAGUCCCACCCAGCUGCAGGUCCCAGCAUGGCAGGGAGAGGGGAAAGGGGUGGGGAGCAAGUCACUCCCUCCUCUGCCUCCCCCCUGAGCAGAGAUCAGAGUGGGAUCACAUGAAUAGGGGAAAAAAGAGAGUCUAUUUUUGUCUAAUAAUAAAGAAUUUCUAUAAACUUCA